UCUGAAAAUCAACUCAGAAAAACUGGCACACACACACAUACACUUCAAGCGGUAAAUUUAGAAAUUAAAUGAAUAUAGAAAUUUUGUAAAAUACGCAUUAAGAUGAAAAGAAAUGAUAAAAUUAGUUGCGAUAAGAGUCAGACAAUUUUCUCGCCCAAAGGACGUCUAUUUCAGGUGGAAUAUGCGUUCAAAGCCAUUGAAAAUGAGAAUAUCACAUCGGUGGCAUUGAAAAGUGACAGCUGUGUUGUUGUUGCCACACAGAAGAUGAAGAUGAAGAAGAAGAAGCAGAGUAAGCUUAUUGUGGCCGAAACAAUGUCGCAAUUGUUUCAUUUAACCCAGACAAUUGGCUGUGUGAUGACAGGACGAAUUGCCGACUCACGUUGUCAGGUGACAAAGGCGCGCAACGAAGCAACCCGCUUUCACUAUAAAUACGAAUAUGAUAUACCCAUCGAUGUGCUGUGUCGACGCGUUGGGGAUCUUAGCCAAGUUGCCACACAACAUGUCGACAUGCGUCCCUUGGCCUGUUGCAUGUUCCUCAUUGCCAUAGACGAUGAACUGGGACCCACGCUCUAUAAAACCGAUCCAUCCGGCAGUUGCUCCAGCUAUCGAGCCUGUGCUGUGGGUGCCAAAUCGGCUAAAGCCAUCGCACAUCUGGAAAGAAUGUACAGGAAUAAUUUGUCGGUAGAGGAAACCAUACAAUUGGCCAUCGAGUGUUUGGCCAGUGCUUUAAAGGUUCGCCUGAAGCGAAAGGACAUUGACAUUGGCAUUGUCAGCAAAUCAAAUCCCAAGUUUCACAUUCUCAGCGUCAAGGAGAUUGCGGUGCAUUUGAAACAAAUUAAUAAAAGGAAUUUCCAGGGAUGCUAAUAUAAAAAAUAAAGUAUGUUUUUAAAACAUAUACAAAUUUAUAUAUUAUUUGGAGGUCAAACCGAAUCAAAUAUGAGAUAGGAAACGGAUUAAAGGUUGAAAGAAUUAAAAAUUACAACCUUUUUAAAUUUUUUAAAAAUAACAGAAGACUCUUUGUAUAAAUUUGA